AUGCAUCGAGACAAACUUCUCAUUACGGCGUUGCCCGCUUGGUGCAAGUUGAACGACGUCAAUUUCCUGGACAGCAGAGUGAAAGACCUCGGGGGUUCGAAGGGCUUCGGACUCGUUACUGAAAGAGCACUGAACUCGAAAGGCACAUUCGACAUCCCGACUUUACUCACAGUGCCUCGUGACCUUAUCUUGUGUGCGGAAGCGGUUGAAGAGCAUGGGAAGGCGGAUCAGCAUUUUCGACAACUGUUGGAUGCUGCUGGUGGAAAGUCUUUGAGAGGAGAUGUUCUCUUAUUCCUCUUGAUGCAAAUGACUAUCGGGUCACCAAACCGCAACCAAAAUGUCGGCUUGUCUACGGCUUGGACGGCUUAUGCGAAUAUGCUCGCUGAUGUUGUUCCCGUUCCAUCGAUGUGGAGUGAAGAAGAAAGAAUCUUGCUAUUGGGAACGUCUCUUGAGACAGCAGUGAACGCUAAGUUGGCUGCCCUUCUUCGGGAAUUCGAGGCCCUCCGUGAACAGACUGCCAUGGUUUCUUGGUGCAAAAAGUGUUGGUGGGACAACGAGGCUUUACAGUUCGAAGACUGGAUUCUUGUCGACGCCUGGUAUAGAUCACGUUGUCUUGAGCUUCCAGAUAUUGGAGAAUGCAUGGUUCCUGUUUUAGACAUGGUCAAUCACUCCUCACAACCAAACGCCUACUUCGAGCAUACGUCCAGCAACGGAGUCUCUCUGCUUAUGCGGCCGAACAUGGAACUUGAAGUUGGUUCAGAGAUCGCCAUCAGUUACGGAACGUCGAAGAGUGAAGCAGAGAUGUUGUUUAGUUACGGUUUCAUUGACGAACAAAGUACGAACAAAAGCUUAGCUUUGACCCUCGAGCCAUUUCCAGAUGACCCGCUGGGAAAGGCAAAGAAAGCAGCCUUUGCAGGGCCGUCUCUCCUUCGAAUCUAUGUCGAUCAAGACGAGAUAAAAUGGGAAUGUCCUUUCCUGUUCUUGAUGUUACUCAACGAGGAGGACGGUCUAGAGUUUCGGAUGCUUCAGCAGACUGAUGGCUCACGCAGUCCACUGAAGGUAUUUUGGCAGGGCUCUGAUAAAAGUGACGCCACGGAAACUUUCGAAUCUCUCAUCAGCAGCCAUCCUCUCAGCGAUGUCUUCAAACUUCGAGCUAUCGCCUUGCUUCAGGACCGGGUACGCCAACAGCUUGAACGUCUUUAUGAGAGCGAAGACGAAGUGGACUUAGUAGCAGACACACCUUUCGUAGGGCCGGAUCGAAGAAGUAGCGCCAUGUUCUUGAGAAAAAGUGAAAAAUCAACUUUGGAAAAAGCCUUUGCGGCUGCAGAUAAACAGAAAAAUGGCCUGCUGGAAAGCGAGGUGGUGUUGCGUUAUCUCGGAUCAAUGGAUGGCGAAGAAGAACCGGGAGACCAAGAGACCAAUAGCAGUGAUGAGCUUCAAGAAGAUUUCAGCUGA